CGAGCCACCAUCUGACGGCUGACCAUACGCAGCACUCCAAACUGAGGGCUCACUGCAAGGCGCUGGUACCUCGAGCUCCAUUGCCAAGAUAGCCCCUCACUGCAUCACGACAUGCUGCAUGCCAGGACGUAACAACGCCGGAGUGGCUGUCCGCUAAGCCGUACAGCGGAUCUAUAAGACGCAUUCGUAGCUUCAUGGCGCUCCCGACUUUGACUCGUAUUGCUAAUCCAUCGUCUACCUCUGCGUGUCUUAUACCAAGGCUGAAACUGGCGGUAUAAGUAGCAGUCAUACUCUCUCGUGUUUUCUUUCCAUCAUACCUCAUCAUUCUUCUCACCCUCUCACUCCUGGCUUCAACCCCACUCGCAAUGGCAACCGACACCAACACCACAACCACCAAGCUGGAGCCUUUCAGCCUGUCGUCUCCCCCCGGAACCGACAUUUGGCGCAAAGCGCCCUCGCACAACGCCUUCAACGCACCCACCCACCCCUCGCCCCUGCCCACGCACAAGCUUCAUACCUUCCAACGCGCCCGCCUCACCUUUUCGCUCCCGCCCGCCAACCAACUACGACAGUACGAUCAAGCGGGCCUGCUCCUGCACCUUACCAAGCCAGGCGUUGCAGACGACAAAACUAAAUGGCUGAAGACGGGCAUCGAGUGGUACUACGGCAAACCGUACAUCAGCACCGUUGGCUGCGACGCCUGGGCGGACUGGAGCGUCGUGCCUAUCCCCGGGUUUGCUGGCAAUGACUCGCGACCGAGCGCGAUUAUUGAGGCGAGGCGCGAGAGGGAUGUGCUGGGGAAGAGUCUCUGGGUGUACUGGGUUGUGAAGGGGGAGGAUGGGGAGGAGCAGCGUAUCCCGUUGAGAGAGGUCAAUUGGUUUUUCGCAGAGGAGAAGGGCUGGAGUGUGGGGAUUGGGGGUUAUGUUGCUAGGCCUACGGAGGAGGGUGGGGAUGGAGAGCUGGAGGUGGAGUUUGCCGAGGGGGUGGAGCUUGAGGUUUUGGAUUGCUGAUGUGUUUUGAAGCGCACUCCAUGUCAAUGGUCUGUGCCGGGCCUGAGGAGUUGAUUCUGUAUCUCACGGAUUGCAACCAGUAGCGCAAUGUCAUUAAAUUUCACUGCCG